AUGAGAAGAGAGGAAUUGCUCGCCGGUGGAACUGAGAGCUCGGCAAUGACGGUGGAGUGGGCGAUAUCGAAAGUCGUAAGGAAGCUGGAAAUCUUGACGAAGGUGACGGACGAGCUCGAUCGUGUAAUUGGGCGGGAAAGGUGGGUCGAGGAAUCGGAUAUGCCAAAUCUCCCUUACAUUGAGGCCCUUAUGAAGGAAACAAUGCGACUACACCCCGUCGCUCCAAUAUUAGUACCUCGACAUGCACGAGAAGACUGCAAGGUAGCUGGAUAUGACAUCAAGAAGGGAACUCAAGUGCUAAUCAAUAUAUGGUCGAUUCACAUGGAUACUUUAAUUUGGGAAAAUCCCACUGAAUUUAAUCCUGAGAGAUUUAUUGGAAAUGAUAUUGAUAUCAAAGGUCAGGAUUUCAGGCUUUUGCCGUUCCGGUCGGCCCGCAGAAUGUGCCCGGGCUAUGCAUUGGGCUUGAAGGUGAUCCAAUCGACCUUGGCCAACCUCUUGCAUGGCUUCAACUGGAAAUUGCCAAAUAACAUGAAGCCCGAAGAGCUCAACAUGGAGGAGAUUUUCGGGCUUUCAUCUCCAAGAAAAUACCCACUUAUUGUUGUGGUCAAUCCAAGGCUCCCACUUCACCUCUAUAAUUUCUAGUGAAAAUGUUGGCUAUCAUAUUAUAUAUUUUCAAUAUACGUUGCAUACUAGGGCUGUC